AUGAACGUAGAUUCAGGUUCCGUCAAUGAAAGUACACUUAAACAAGCAAUUGAAGGACCAAUCGAGGCGCAAUUGCAGUCUAGGAUGUCGUCUGCCACUGGUUUCGAUGGCAGCUUGAGGGAUGAUUCCAAAAGUGUUAGACGGAGGAAAAAUGAGGAAGUAUUGGAGGCUGAUUCUCCGAUGGAACAAGAAGAUCUGUCCAAGCUGAAGAAUGAGAAAAUAUGCGCGUUUACUAGGUUGGAAUCCAUUGUUAUGCCAAUCGUGUUUACUGCUUUGGCAUUUUUCCUGCGGAUGUAUAAGAUUGGCAUCAAUGAUCACGUUGUAUGGGACGAGGCUCACUUUGGUAAAUUUGGUUCUUACUACUUGAGACACGAGUUUUAUCACGAUGUCCAUCCUCCUUUGGGGAAGAUGCUUGUGGGACUCUCUGGCUACCUCGCUGGCUACAAUGGCUCGUAUGACUUCAACUCGGGAGAACUGUAUCCCGAAUAUGUGGACUACGUCAAGAUGAGAUUGUUCAAUGCAGCUUUCUCUGCACUUUGCGUUCCUUUGGCGUACUAUACGGCCAAGAAUAUUGGGUUCUCGCUCCCAACCGUGUGGCUUUUCACUAUUCUAGUCCUUUUCGAGAAUUCAUUCACAACGCUGGGUAAAUUCAUCCUUCUGGAUUCCAUGCUUUUAUUCUUCACAGUGGCAUCUUUCUUCUGUUUCGUUACAUUCUACCAGCAGAGGUCGAAGCCUUUCAGCAGGAAGUGGUGGAAGUGGAUGUUAUUGACGGGUAUCAGUAUGGGAUGCGCAAUUUCGGUGAAAAUGGUAGGUCUGUUUGUCAUCACAGUUGUUGGAAUCUACACUGUCGGCGAGCUGUGGAAUUUCCUCUCGGACAAGAAGAUGACAUGGAAGACGUAUACUAUGCACUGGGUCGCCAGAGUCAUUUGCCUGAUUAUUGUUCCAUUCGUCGUGUUUAUGCUGUGCUUCAAGAUUCACUUUGAUCUCUUAUACCGCUCAGGAACUGGUGACGCUAAUAUGCCGUCGUUAUUUCAGGCUAACCUCGUUGGUACCGAAGUUGGUGAAGGUCCACGUGAUGUUGCUAUAGGGUCCUCGUUAAUCUCUAUCAAGAAUCAGGCUUUGGGUGGUUCGCUGUUACAUUCACACGUUCAGACUUACCCUGAGGGUUCAUCUCAACAGCAGAUUACUGGUUAUGGCUUUAAAGAUGGCAACAAUUUGUGGUUUUUUGACAGACCCAGAGGAUCACCUCACUAUAGUGAGAACGAAACUGACGUUGAAUAUGCUCAAGCUGGCAUGACUUACAGAUUAGUUCACCAAAAAACUGGUAGAAAUUUGCAUACGCACCACAUUCCUGCUCCAAUCUCCAAGUCCGCCUGGGAAGUUUCUGGCUACGGUGAUCAUUUGAUCGGAGACGAAAAAGACCACUGGAUCGUUGAAGUUGUUGCGCAGAAUGGCAAUGAAGAUAAGUCAAGAUUACAUCCAUUGACCACUUCAUUCCGUUUGAGAAGUGCUGCUCUGGAUUGUUACCUGGCUCAGACUGGGCAUCAUCUACCAGAGUGGGGAUUCAGACAAUCGGAAAUGGCUUGCUUGAAAAACCCUUUCAAAAGAGAUAAGAGAACAUGGUGGAAUAUCGAGAGCCAUGAAAACGAGGUUUUGCCCGCCAGGCCCGAUGACUUCAAGUAUCCAAAGACGAAUUUUUUCAAGGAUUUCAUCCAUCUAAACCUGGCGAUGAUGGCUACAAACAAUGCUUUGAUCCCAGAGUCAGAUAAGCUGGAUAGCUUGGCGUCUUCUGCUUGGCAGUGGCCAACUUUGAAUUUGGGUUUAAGACUAUGUGGCUGGGGCGAUGACAACAUCAGAUAUUUCUUGCUUGGUACGCCCCUAACCACUUGGUCCUCUAGUGUGGCAGUGGUCCUAUUUGCCAUCUUUGUUGCCGUUUUGAUUCUUAGAUGGCAAAGACAAUAUACCGACCUUUCGAAUUCAGAAGAUGCCAGUGUCUUCUUGAUUGGAGGUCUUUUCCCCAUGCUUGCCUGGGGCUUGCACUUCAUGCCAUUUGUCAUAAUGUCAAGAGUCACGUAUGUUCACCACUAUCUACCAGCACUUUACUUUGCCUUGCUAGUGAUGUCGUAUCUUUUCGAAGUCGGCACUAAACGUUGGAUCAAGUCAAAAUGCGGGAAGGUAAUGAGAAUUUGCAUCUAUGCCGCUUACUGUACCGCCGUCAUAGCGUGCUUCUUCUACUUUUCUCCAAUCUCCUUCGGAAUGGAAGGACCUGUCUCUGAUUUCGAGUAUCUCGACUGGUUGCCAGGCUGGUUCAUCUCUAAUAAGAACAAAUGA